AUGUUGGACCUAAAACAUUUAACAUUUAUUUUCUUAUUGUUAUCGUUGAUAUUUGCACAACGACAAUAUAUACCGACACCCCGAUAUUCUCAUACAGCAGUAAUGAUAGGAAAUAAAAUAUAUUUCACAGGUGGUUAUAACCACCAAGGUAAACGGCGAUUUGAAGAUUUUUUUUAUUUAGAUUUAUCAAUUCCAAUUGAUACAACACAAAAACAAAAAAUACCUUUUUUCUCUGAAAAUAAUGAAGGACUUACAGCAAAUUCUUGGUCCAUAAGUGGACUCGGUGGUAAAAAUAAAGAUCAAAUAUUUAUUUUUGGUGGAUUCAUGGAUGAUAAUAGUUCAUUAGUGUUACAGUAUGAUUCACCGAACAAGCGAUGGAUACGUCCAAUUAUAAACGGAUCACCACUACCUAUUAGAAGAAGAGAAACUACAAGUGUGGUAGAUGAUGAAGGGUUAAUGUAUAUUUGGUCUGGUACCACAAAUACUUUUUUUGGCCAACCUUUUAAUGAUAUAAUUGAUGAUAUGGUUAUAUUGGAUACUGUAGGGUUAAGUUGGCAAAUUAAAAGUACUCCUUUUGCUAGAUAUAGUUCUACUGCCGUUUUAUUAUCUGAUGGUAUGAUUUUAUAUAUUGGUGGUAGGUCGGAGGAUUUUGGAUAUGUUCCAAUGAAUCAGCUUACAAUAUAUAAUACUAAGUUAGAUACAUGGUUUAACAUUACAACAAGUGGAUUUAUUCCAGAAGGUCGUGUGGGACAUACAGCUAUAUUAGGAAAUUUGACAAAUUAUGGAGAAACAGAUGAGUUACUUAUAUUAGAUAUUGCAAAUAAAGCAGAAUAUAAAUGGGUAACCACGAUAGAUAAACCUGUACCUAUUUCUAUUUCACCUUCAAAUAAUUCGACCCCAAAUCCCAAGCCAGGCGGUGUUAAUGUUGGUCUUUUAAUUGGUAUUGGUUUGGUUAGUCUCGGAUUAAUUUCUGGUGGUAUAUUCUACUUUUGGUAUAGAAAUAAACGUAGGAAUAAUCAAUAUGGUGGUAAUAAUAAUAAUAUUCAAAAUCAUGACCGAGUUUUAGAAAUUCCUAAACAUCACAUCAAUGACCAAAUACAAGAAUAUCAUUUAACAACUUAUAAUGAUUUCCAAACUCCCGCUUUGACGAUUUCUUCACAAGAAUAUAAAACUGCUACCGGACCGGCUAAUUGGCUAUAG